AUGGGAUUAGUCACUGUAGGGUUUAUGAUGGGCCAUCCUUUUUCCAUAACGUGUAUCCUUGCUGGGCUGGCAAGAUGUGUUGAGUCCCGAGGAUUGUACAUCCUCAUGUCACCCAGGGGAAGUGACAACCGUGCAGACAAGAUCUAUCCCCACAUGACUCUGAGCAACCCUGUGGAAAAAGUGGCCUAUCUUAUAAUAUUCCAUAUUCUCUUUGUGCUCUUUGUGUGGACAUAUUGGAAGUCUAUUUUUACUCUCCCACUGCAGCCAGGCAAGAAGUACCACAUGUCCUAUGCUGACAAGGAACGCUACGAAAAUGAAGAAAGGCCAGAGGUGCAGAGGCAAAUUCUGGUGGAAAUGGCUCGGAAGCUGCCGGUGUACACACGGACCGGGAACGGAGGUAUCCGGUUCUGUGAUCGAUGCCAGCUGAUCAAGCCUGAUCGCUGCCACCACUGCUCCGUUUGUGCCAGAUGUGUGCUAAAGAUGGAUCAUCACUGUCCGUGGGUGAAUAACUGCAUUGGAUUUUCUAACUACAAAUUCUUUCUACUGUUCUUAGCCUAUUCUUUGUUGUAUUGCUUGUAUAUUGCUGCAACAGUCUUCAAGUAUUUCAUUAAGUAUUGGACAGGUGAACUGACUAACGGACGUUCUAAAUUCCAUGUCCUUUUCCUUCUCUUUGUGGCAGUCAUGUUCUUUGUAAGCCUUAUGUUUCUGUUUGGCUACCACUGCUGGCUCGUCAGUAGAAACAGAUCAACUUUAGAGGCUUUCGCAACUCCAGUAUUCCAAAAUGGACCAGAUAAAAAUGGAUUCAAUCUUGGCUUUGUAAAGAAUCUUCAGCAAGUGUUUGGAGAGGAAAAAAGGCUGUGGUUACUACCUGUUGCCUCUAGCCAGGGCGAUGGACAUUUCUUCCCACUGAGAGCUUUGUCUGAAGCUCAGAACCCUCUCCUAGCCAAUGAAGAGCAGUGGGAAGAUGAUGGAAUAGAUGAAGAGCCUCAUGAUUCUGGUGAAGCUUCAUCCCUUGCCAUAGAAAGGGAGACAUAG